AUGUCAACUAAUCCAGAAAUUGAACAUCAAAUUGCUACCGAAGUUAAACAAACUGGUGGUAAAACCGCUUUCAAAGAUUAUAUUGGAAAAUAUGCUCAUAUUGAAGAUCCAUUAGAAAGAAGAAGAUUAGCUUUAGAAGAUAUUGAUAAAUCGGGAUUUGGAUGGACUCAAGUUAAAAUGAUUAUGAUUGCAGGUGUUGGUUUUAUGACCGAUUCUUAUGAUAUUUUCGCUAUUAAUUUAUCAGUUAAUAUGUUACAAUAUGUUUAUUGGUCAAAAGGUGCUAUGCCAAAUUCAACUACCACUUUAAUUAAAGUUGCAACUUCAGUUGGUACUGUUAUUGGUCAAGUCGGUUUUGGUGUUAUGGCUGAUAAAGUUGGUCGUAAAAAAAUUUAUGGUUUAGAAUUAAUUGUUAUGAUUUGUGCUACUAUUGCUCAAUGUUUUAUUGGAUCAUCACCAGCUAUAAAUUUCGUUGCUUUAUUUUCUACUUUACGUAUUAUUAUGGGUAUUGGUAUUGGUGGUGAUUAUCCAUUAUCUUCAAUUAUUUCAUCAGAAUUCUCAACUACUAAAUGGAGAGGUGCUAUUAUGGCAGCUGUUUUCUCAAAUCAAGGUAUUGGUCAAAUUUUUGCUGGUAUUGUUGCCAUGAUUUGUGUUGCCGGUUACAAAAAUGAUUUAAUCGAUAUAAAAGAUGGUCCAGCUUGUCAUGCUUCUAGAAAAUGUGUUAAAGCAGCUGAUCAAAUGUGGAGAAUCAUUAUUGGUUUCGGUUGUGUCCCAGGUUGUAUUGCUUUGUACUAUAGAUUAACUAUUGCCGAAUCACCAAGAUAUUCAUUAGAUAUUGAUGAACAUGGUGAUGUUCAAAAAGUCGCUGAUGCUGAAGCUGUUAUCGAUGAAAAAGCUGGAUUAAUUAACCCUCCAAAAGCUUCAUUUGUUGAUUUCUGGAGACAUUUCGGUCAAUGGAGAUAUGGUAAAAUCUUACUUGGUACUGCUGGUUCAUGGUUCAUGUUAGAUGUUGCCUUUUAUGGUUUAGGUCUUAAUACCACUACUAUUUUACAAGUUAUUGGUUACGCAAGUAAAGAAAAUAUUUACAAAAAAUUAUAUGAUUCAUGUGCUGGUAAUUUAAUUUUAGUUUGUGCAGGUUCAUUACCAGGUUAUUGGGUUUCAGUUGCUACUAUUGAUACUUUAGGUAGAAAAACUAUUCAAUUAGGUGGUUUCAUCUUAUUAACUAUUAUCUUAUGUAUCAUGGGUUUCGGUUAUCACAAAAUUCAUGAAAAAGGUGUUUUUGGUUUAUUCGUUAUUGCUCAAUUUUUCCAAAAUUUCGGACCAAACACAACUACAUUCAUUAUUCCAGGUGAAGUUUUCCCAACUAGAUAUAGAUCAACUGCUCAUGGUUUAUCAGCUGCUUCAGGUAAAGUUGGUGCCAUUAUUGCUCAAACUUGUAUUGGUACUUUAAUUAAUCAUAAUUGUGGUUCAGAUCCAAAAAAUCAAGGUUGUUUCUUACCUCACGUUUUAGAAAUUUUCGCUUUAUUCAUGUUGAUUGGUAUUUUCACUACUUUAUUAGUUCCAGAAACUAAAAGACAAACUUUAGAACAUAUUUGUGAAAAACAUCAUGAUGAAGUUGAUACUACCAAAUUAGUUAGAGAUAGAUAUGCUACUCAAGAAGAAUCAUAUGAUUCAGAUGUUAAACAAUAG